GCUGAGAAAAUAACUUUUAUCGAUUUCGGAUUUCAGUUAUCGAGCUACAAAUCAGCUGAGAAACAACUUUCGUGUGUACAAUAGUGUGCAACUAAGUACAAUAAAAUACUUUUUCCACCGCCGAUUCAUACCAAUUGAACUACAUGCACACAUUAAACCGCACAUGAGUUUCUCAAAUGGUUCCGACACGUAAACGUAUAGUGAUAAUUAUUUGCGUAGUCGUCAUACUCGGCUGUUUGCUACGAAUUUUACUUUUAAAUUCUCCCCUGCCAACAUUAUCGGACCAGGAAAAUUAUCAACGGGCCAUUGGAGCGCCCGUGCUAGUUAAGGUUUUCUAUGAGGCAUUAUGCCCAGACUCAAAGUUCUUCCUUACAAAACAGCUACUUCCAGCAUACGAGGCUGCUGCACCAAUAAUGGAGGUGCUACUUGUUCCUUACGGCAAGGCGACAACAAGUGAAAACGAUGGCAAAUUAAGUUUUGAUUGUCAACAUGGUCCUACAGAAUGUCAGGCAAAUAUAUAUCACGCGUGUGCGUCUGAAGCAAUUGAAGAUCCGCUAGUUCGGUUACAGGUUGUAUCCUGUAUGAUUCGAGACAAUCGUUCCCCUCAAGAGGCAAUGCGCAAGUGCGCAAAACAGCACGUUGAUCUCGUACAAAAAUGUUAUGACAGUAACCAUGGAUCAGAGCUGCUGAAACAGAAUGGAGAAGCCACACAUUCCCUCAGGCCACAAGUAACAUUUAUUCCAACUAUAACAAUAGAUGGCUACCAGGGUAGACAGGCAUCUAUUUUAAAAAACUUGCUUUUUGAAGUGUGUAAAGCUGCCGGUGACACAGAUCAAGCUAAACAAAUAUGCAAAAACACUGUGUAGGGCAAUUGUUUCCAGCACAAAAUACAGCAUAUUCUAUGCUUAAGAGACUACAAAGAUUAUCAUUUUAACCAACUUGUAAUUCUAACAAAACAUAAAUGUAAAUACACAAUUUCAAUAAAAAUAACUGUACAUAUAAAAAAA